AUGAAUGAUUUAUUUCUGAUAGGUUCGACAGGUAUUCCUAAAUUGAUAUUUGUUUCUCAUGCAUGUAUCUUGCCGAAUCUAGAUCAAUUAAAAUCAAUUUUUAAUGUAACAUCCAAUGAUUGUUUAUUUCGUUCAACACCGUUAACGUUUGAUCCAUCAUUAGUUGAUAUCUUUGUUGCUAUUCAUUGUGGUGCUUGUCUUUGUAUUUUAUCAAAAGAUAUUCGUCGAAAUCCAAUAUUAAUAUCAUCUAUUUUCGAUAAAAGUCUUUGUACAAUCGCUCAAAUGACACCUAGUUUUUUUCGUCAAAUAAAUACACAUUGUAAUAUGUUGCAAUUGAAAACAUUGAUACUUGGAGGUGAAAAAUUUCCACAUAUAUCAAAUAUAACUAUUCAGCAAAUGAUUAGACAAAAUAAACGUGUUGUGAAUAUAUAUGGUUUGACUGAAAUGUCUUGUUGGGCAUCGUAUUAUAUUUUGAAUGAAAAUGAUCUUGAAAGACAAGAUGGUAUUCCAUUGGGUAAAGCACUUAAUGAAACAUCAUUAAUAUUGAAGCCAUAUAUUGAUAAUCAAUCAAAAACUGAUUAUUUUCAAAUCAUAUUAGAGAGUCAAACACGUUGGACACAAAUCGGACACUUAUCAAUAGAAAAAAUAUUUAUAUUUGAAACUGAUGAUCUUAUUCAUUAUGAUCAACUAAAUGAUCAAAUAUUUUAUGUUGGUAGAAGAACGUUAACACGAAAACGGUUGGGUGUUAUGAUUAAUCUUGAAUAUAUCGAACAAAUUGCAGCUCAAUCAAAUUUAAUUGAUGAAUGUGCUUGUUUGACUUUAAAUGAAGAUGAAAAUCUAUUGAUACUUCUAUGUAAAUUUAAAGUUGAAAAUCAAAUAAGUGCACUUAAUUCAUUUCUUAAAUCAAAUUUAUCACAUCAUUUUAUACCAAAUAUAAUUCUUUCAUUACAAUCAAAUAUUCCAUUAAAUAUUAACGGAAAAAUUGAUCGUACAAAAUUAUAUACACUCUAUUUAAAUACAAUAGAAAAUUCUUCAACCAAUAAUUUAAUCAAUAUGUGGCAGAAUCUUUUACAUAUAAUUCCUGAUACAAAUUCAAAUUUUAUUUUCAAUGGUGGAAAUUCAUUAUUAGCUUUAACAUUUAUUGAACAAAUCAAACAAUUUUAUUUAUCAAUUGAUACAAAUUAUUUAUUUGAUCUUAUUUUACAUAAAACGUUUGGAGAUAUAAUUGAAUAUAUAAACAAUCCCCAGCAACAACAACAACAACAACAACAACAAAAAGAAAAAUCAAUUGAGUAUUCUUCAUCUAGUUUACCACCUACGACAAUAUUGGAAUCAAAUUUAAAUGAUAUCUGGUCGAUUCAAAGAUGUUCAAAAAUAUUUCUUCAUAAUAAAAAUCAUUUAAUGUAUCAAUAUUCUUCAUUUCCAAAAGAAUUAAAAUUUUCAACACAAAAAUUGAUAUUAAAUUGGAAAUGUUCAAUGAUGAAAUGUAUUGAUGCAUCUCCAUUAAUUAUUUUACUUGAUGAAUAUCGACAAUAUGUAAUUAUUGGAUCACAUGCUGGUUUGAUUAAUACUUAUCAAAUUGAUAAUGGUCAACUUAUUUGGUCAUUUCAAGCUAAUGAUAGAAUUGAAGCAAGUGGAACUAUUUCAAGAAAUGGACAAUUUGUUCUUAUUGGUGAUUAUAGUGGAAUUUUAUAUAUAAUUGAAUGUUCAAAUGGAAAACUUUAUUCAUCAUAUCAAUGUCAAGGUUUAAUUAAAACAAUUCCAUGUAUUCAUCGUUCAAUUGAUAUGAUUUAUCUUGGUGCUCAUGAUCAAUUUAUUCAUGCUAUUCAUAUUCAAGAAGCAUCUUCAAAAUGUAUUUGGAAAUUCGGAUUAAAUAGUAGUUGUGUAUCAUCGCCACAAUUAUCAACAGAUAAUACUCGACUUUUUGUUGCAUCAUUAGGUGGAGAUGUAUUUGCAUUUGAAUCAAACGAUGGAAAAUUAUUAUGGAAACAAUCAUUAAAUAAACCAGUAUUUUCUACGAUAGCUAUAUGGAAUGAAAAAUUUUUGUUUGUUGGUUGUGUUGAUCAAAAACUCUAUUGUUUAGAUUGUAGUAAUGGUCAACAGAAAUGGUCCUUUUUAACAAAUGGUCCAAUAUUUUCUUCACCUUGUAUCUUCAAUAAUACUUUGUUUAUCGGUUGUCACGAUCAAUAUCUUUAUGCAAUUGAUCUUUCUACUGAACGAGAAGGUAUUUUACAAUGGAAAUCUUUAUUUCCAUCAAUGAUUUAUUCAUCAUCGUUUGUUUAUGAUAAUGGUCGAAUGGUUAUUGCUGCUUCAACAGAUGGUUGUUUACGUAUAUUAAAUACUCAAACAGGAGAAGUAAUUUGUGAAACACAAGUUGAUGGUAAUGGACUAUUUUCUUCACCUGUUUCUUAUCUUGAUUAUAUUAUUGUUGGUUCACGUGAUGAUUAUUUGUAUUGUUAUAAACUGUUAUCGUAG